AUGAAUAUUGUAAAUUUUGUUGGCGAUAAACCUUUAAGAGAAGAUCCAUUUUCUAGUGAUUUCUUUAAGGACUUUCAAGCGAGUACUUUACCUUCUCAUGGUCAAAUUAAAAGAGUACAUUAUAAUAAACAAGAUGCCCCAGAAAAUUUACCUGAUGAAUUUAGUUUAUUUGUUAAGCCCACCGAAAAAGUUGAUUAUCAAGUCUCGAAUUGCACAGGACGUAAAAGAGCUGUUUUAAUUGGAAUCAAUUAUGUUAAUACCCGGUAUCAAUUAGGAGGAUGUUUCAACGACGUCAAAAACAUUAAAGAGUUUAUAACGAAAAGCUAUGGAUACGAUGAAUCAAAUAUGAAAGUGUUGACGGAUAGUCCUAACCGCCGAUUGGAUCCAACGUUAAUUCCAACAAGAGAAAAUAUUAUUAAUGCUAUUAAAUGGCUUGUACACGAUCCAAAAGCAAACGAUUCUGGUCAUGGAGGUCAACUUGUAGAUGAAUCCGGAGAAGAAGAAGAUGGAUUUGAUGAAACCAUCAUGCCCCUUGAUUUUGAGAUAAAUGGACAAAUUAUUGAUGACGAAUUACACAAUUUGAUGGUCGCGCCACUUCCAGCAGGAGUAAGAUUGACCGUCAUCUUUGACUGUUGUCAUUCAGGAACAGUAUUGGAUUUGCCAUAUAUCUAUUCCACUCGUGGUGUCAUCAAAGAAACAAAUAUCCUUUCUUUGGGAGGGAGGGACCUUUUAAAUGCAGGUUUCAAUUAUUUUAAAAGUGGAAAAGGCGUUUUAGAUACUAUAAAAGGACUUAAGGAUACCGCUGCUAAGCAUCAAAAACUUCGUUUUAAGAACAUUGAAACAAAAUCAAGUCCCGCUGAUAUAAUCAUGUUUAGUGGGUGUAAGGAUACGCAAACAUCUGCUGAUGCACAAGAAGCAGGUGAAGCAACCGGUGCAAUGUCACAUGCUUUGGUCAAAUCAUUGAGAUUGAAUCCAAAUCCCACAUAUCAAGAAUUAUUGAAUUCAAUUCGUGAUGUUCUCAAAGCUAAAUAUGCUCAAAAGCCCCAACUUAGCACCAGUGGUACAACUGUUGUUCUUGGAACCUUCGGUUGUGGCAAAACUCGCUUAUGUUUUGAAGCUUUAUACCAGAAUUAUGGCCUAUACUUAGUUGCUUAUACAUAUAAUAUUGGCUCUAAUGAAUUGGAACUUGCAGCACGUUGGACGAAAGAUAAUAUCGAAAACAAACAACCUAAAGAAGCAGAAAACCUUGAAGAGUGGGCAAUCAUGCCAGCAUUAGAUUGUAUUGCAAUUCCAUGGAGUACAUUAAAAACAAAUUUACUGGUUCGGUCUUUAUCAAGUUUAUGUUAUUCAUUUACAGGAGCAAUUGUUUGCAUAACGGGAUCUGGCCUAUCAUUAUUGCGGGCAAGAGAUGAUUCCUCAAGGGGAAAGGAGGAAUUACAUGUUCCAACCUUUAAUCAGUUUGGUCGAAUUGAAACCUCAAAUGAAUUAUUCGAACUGGCAAAGAGUAUAUUUCCACGAGAAGAAGAACUGCGAUUAAAUGAACAGCUAAAAAAUCUCAUUAAUAAUCUUACAACCAGUGCUGAUAGUUUACCAAAUAAAGAAUAUAGGAUCUACACGGGCUUUGCAGAUUUGGAAAAAUAUCCUUCUGAGCGACCUGCCUAUAUUAACAGUGUUGCCACAUUAGAAUUAGCGAAAAGAGAUGGACAUUAUUAUGAAAUCGAACACAUUUCAAUAAGGAAGGAAGGAAGUGCUGAAGACUUUGGAAAUUUAUUGGAAUCAUCGAUUUGUAUUAUUGAUGUAGAUGUUGAAGAUGAUGGUGAUACGAAUGAUUUGCCCAACGAACAACCAGUUCAUAAAUUUUCUCUUCGGAAUUCACCAUUUUCGAGUGCGAGUCGCAAAAUAUUUGGAUCGGCGUGUAAAAUAGAUGGAAGAUCAUCAAAAUUUGAUGCAACAAAAUCACAAGUUGUUGAUUUUAGCACGAGAAAUAUUUUUCUUUUUUGA